AUGGGUUCCAGUGCAUCAGCAGUAAGCGAGAUCCCAGGAGCUGAUCUCCGCCUUCCGAGCUCUGGGUUGCGCUUCACUGCAACCCAUCUUAGGAGUCUAAAUGCCUACGUUGACACGUUGUAUGAGGAAGACCAAAAAGGUCGUAUGUCAGUGGAAACGGAGAUGACGGUGGAAGCUCUAGUUCAGAGGAUAGUGGAUGGUGCUGGACAGAGAGAUCCUCGCUUCAGAUGCAGCCAUUUAAUAGCGUUACAUCGCGGAAAGAGAAUGCGUUCGCGAUCUCUAGAAUACCUGGUAACGAUAGAUGCUCUUCCACCUUUAAACACAGACGAUGCUUGUCGUCUGCAAGAAGGUCCUGUGGGUUAUGGAAAGGUGAGGCUUUCUGGACGUGAAGCAGACCAAUGGUCGGAGUUUCUUACUGCCGCUGGAUAUCUGUGUAGGGAUAAAGUAGUAGAGAGAUGGGUGCAGCUUCUAGCGCGCUGUGCACAGGCGCGUGGCGGAGGCGCGUCUCGAGUUCUCUGCGCCCGCGCACAUCAACACGCACAGCCCUACUCGUAUUGCUAUAUUGAAACAUCACAGAAAACGUCAACAGAACGCCGGUUAGCCAUAGUGGAGGGGGCAGCUUGGGUCAUGCUAAGAGUAGGAGCUGGUGAAGCCGAAGCCAAGCUGAUGCUAGGCUGUCGCGUGGGCGGCUGCAGCCCACACGCUUAUACCAGUUCGGUGCCCAUAACGCAUCCACUCGCACUACUGCAUUAUAAGGCUGCUGUAGGGGGCUAUUACGCAGUGGCUGUCGGCCCCCCUUCAUCCAUGGUAUGCGCUGAACGCUCAUCCACUUGGCAACUGUGGCAUCCAUCAUUGGAAGCAGUUUUAGAUUCCCACUGUGCUGAGUUCUCCAAUGUGGGGAGACUAGCUGGGGCUCUAAAUGUCUUGGUGGACAAGAUGAGGGAGGGAUGCUAUGAGGGUUCCCUCCAACUAUUGAGUCGUUAUGCAGCAAGUUGCGCUCUACGGCGCCGCCUCUACAAAUGCUCUAAGUACAGAAGCGUAGCAGCCAGGGCUUUUCUAUCAACCCACAUUUCCUAUCACCUUCUGUUAAUUUUAGAUGAUUUGCUUCAAGUGUGUUCUGGCGGUGGUGUGGUCGGGUUUAUAUACCCUUUGGAGAAAAGUUGCCUCGUUCGUCGGGCAGCAAGAGAUACUAAUUGGACAGCUGACGUCACAGCACUCACGCGCUGCUUGCAAUACUUACAUAGGAUCACUGUUGAUGAAGACAUUCCUCCAUCACCAUCUGAAGCAUUGGAGUUAUCAUUGUUCACACGCUGGGAGAGACUGUCUCACGAAUCCAGAUGCACUGGAGCCAGCAGUUACACAAAGAGGCAGUUGCGAUACCUGAAUAGGGUGGUUUGUGAGUUGGUGCGGUGCAAAAGAUCUGUGGAAAGCCACAGUACAUUUCGGGCUAAUCUGAUUCAGGCGACGUCCAUUCAUCUCGAAUCUAUCGAGGACCUGAUACACAUAAUGGCCAUAAUUCUGGACCAAGCGAGGGACGCUUACAUGAAUAAUGUUCACAGCAGAACUGUUGGGGAAUUCGAAAGGAGUUUGACCACUUAUAGAUCGAAGAAGUGGAAUAAGCUAAAGGAUUACUACGAUGCAUCAUCGGCCUGUCUGAUCGAUGCAGUUAGACGAGACAAAGAGCCAAGAGAAGAAGAUAUUAGCGAGGAUGCUGCCCUGAUGAGAACUGUUUUGCAGUGGCUUUAUAAAGGUGCCAAAGAAGAUAAAAAAUAUCUAGGGCCAGUUUUGAAGCCAUACCUAGAUGAGCUCUUCGUGUCGUCAUUGGAGAACUCUUGGUUCUUGGAAGACUUUGAUGCGACUACAAGUGUUUUAGAAGUCGAGGGUCUAAAGGAGUACUGUGCCGGAGUACACGAAGGGCUGAUUGAGCCGAGGAAGGGAAUUCUGGAUGCCGCAAAGAAGCACGCUUGGGCUAAAGCGAUUGUGGAUUUCGUAGAGAGACAUCGUCUUAUUGAUUUCCGCCUAAUAUUCCCAACAGGCGACGGACUAGCUGUGUCCUAUCCUUUGAAGCUUCCUUCUAGAACAGAGCACGCUUCUUCUAGAACGUUAACUUUACACAGAAGAGACAAGGCAGAAGCAAAGUUGAGAUUGGCGAAACGGUGUGUCGUAAAUGCUUUUAACGACGUGCUUGUGGGAAAACGGUUUCAAUCAAAACGCAAGUCCCACCACGGCAGUACCGACGAGAUAUUGGCCAGCGUGAAAAACGGAAACUUUUGGAGAACCACCAAACCGGACAUUAUUCCCUCAACUUCGAAUUCCCUAGAACUUCCGAAACUCAGGCGCAAGCAGCGUCCAGCGACGAUAUAUGGCUUUCCCGAGAUUUCUAUCACCAACCAGUCAGAUCUCAAAACAAUGAGACGCAAAUACCACACGCUGAAGAGCUUGGUCUACUCAGAGCAAGUGGAUGUGAAAGAGAUGAGACGAAGACCGCGCUCAGCUGGGUCUUCUAUGAAGAAUAAAGAGCCGUUGAGCAGACCUAGUCUUCUGGAGACUCUCGAUUUCAUUAAUAGCGUCAAAGAUGCACUUUGUGUAGAAGAAUCAGGAGCUUCUGACCUGGAGGACAAUGGCUGGUGUAUAGAAGAUGAAUGGGUCCUCAAUCAAGUAACUCCACUAAAUAUGAUAAUAACGAGUGAGAAACGAACAUUGCAUCUGCUUUUGGCUGAUAUUGUAUUGUGUGCGCUAAGAAGAGGUUGCUUUACGAUGCUACAAGAGUUAUGUAUAUUUCUGGACGAAGCUAGCGAAGGAGCACUGUUCGCAUUGCAUCGACUAUCGAGAGCUGCUAGAGCAAGAAGUAGCGAACGAACUAAUAGUACAUGGAAGCUGCCAGAGCCUCAGUUCCCGCAGAUAAGCCAAUAUAGAAUAAGACCACCUGACUAUUUCUCUGGGGAUGAAGCGACCCAGCCUCCACCUAUACCUAGACGAUCUACUUCUAAUGAGAUCAUCAAACGCUACGACUGUUCACCAAAAGCUACAGAUAUCACCGCUCCAUCACCGACUGGCAUCAUCAAUCCGAUAUACGACAUCAAACUACCAAAGGACAAAUUUGUUAAGAGAACUAAAUCCCUUAACCGGACGUCUAGUGUCAAAAGUGAAAUUAGCGUUACUCUCCGUAGAAAUAAAACGAAUGAUAUACAAAAUGUAAUUGAUGUUAGCAAUGAUAAUGGUUUUGAUAUGAAGAAACACUUCCUACAGAGAACUCCUCUCUUAUUGGAGAUUGUUUCAAGAGCCCACACCACGCCAUUUCAGUGCGGUUUGGUUGGUCUCGACGACUACCGGCCAUAA